UCUAUAGAACGUGGAGAAUUAUGUUCUAGAACGCAAGUUAAAUUCCACAACUUCACAACACAGCAAAUGUUCAUGCCAACAUUGUUAAUAUAUUGUACCUAAAAAUUCUACUUAUCUUAGUUAGAUUUAAACUUACAGAAGUUCCUAGCUAAAUUUUCGACUCAAAGCGAAGAUUUAUAAGUUACUACAUUACCUAAAAACAUGAAGCAAAAGAUUGUAGUUAAAGUACAAAUGCGGUGUGGAAAAUGCAGGAAAAAGGCGAUGAAGAUUGCUGCUAGUGCAGAAGGGGUGAUAUCAGUAGCGAUACAGGGGAACGACAAGGACGAGAUUGUUGUGAUAGGAAACCGGGUGGAUUCAGCAGGUUUAUGCACGGCGUUAAGGAGGAAAUUAGGGGAUGCAAACUUGGUGAGUGUAGAAGAAAUCAAAGAUCCAAAGCCGGAAGAAAAGAAGAAAGACGAAAAACCCGAAGAAAAGAAACCAGCAGCAGCAACUGCAGAGGAGAAAAAAGUCCAAAAGAAAUUUGAAAUUCAUCAUUGAUAAAGUGGGAGGAAAGCUAUCCUCUUGGAAGUCCAACAUGCUUUCAAAAGCCAGGAAAGCAAUUCUCAUUCUAGCCACCCUUCAAUCAAUUCCCGAAUACUACAUGCAAGUGCUCCCCUUUCCCAAAUCCAUUUGCAAAAAGUUGGACUCCAUAUGUUUAAACUUCUUAUGGGGGAGCUCAAAUGAGUCCAAAAAACUCACCUGGAUAUCUUGGGAUAAAGUUUGUCAUUCCAAGAAUGAAGGGGGUUAGGCUUUACUAAGCAUGAACAUAUCAAUACUAUCUCCCUAACAAAAUAAUGUUGGAAUCUAUACAAUAAAAAGGGAUGGGCAGCCUUGUUACUUAGGGAGAUAUAUAUUGAUAAUAAGAGAUAUUCAACCCCUUUCAAUAAAGGUUCUCUUGUUUGGAAAGGCAUAGGCAGGGGAUGGAAUCUCUUUGAGAAAAAUCUUAGUUUGGGAUGUGGGAACGGGGAGAGACAUUAACAUCUGGAAUGACAGAUGGCUUUUGCAUCAGUCCCUCAGACAGAUGCAAAUACAUCCCAUCCCCUCAAACCGUUUGCCCCUGAACCUUGUUGACUGUUAUUCUCUCUCAAAAUCUAUCAGAGCUGGAGCAGCUUAUCUUAUUCGAGAUUACUGACUCCUUUUUUUGAGCUGUUCAAUUCAGUUUCAAUCACUAACCAUCCUGAUAAUGCUUACUCAUGCUGGAGUUAUAAGGGUAAAUUCCAGGCUUCCAAAGCAAGAUUAGAGCUCACAAAUAGCACCACAAACUGACACCCCUUGUUCGAUUGGGGGAAAAUAUGGAAACUUUAAAUUCACCUCAAAAUAAAAAUGUUCUUAUGGCAGCUUGCUUGGGACAGAACACCUAAUAACCUUAACCUGCACAAAAGAAUUCCCAACCACCAUCCUUUUCUGCUCCUUCUGUCCUUCUCAGGAAGAAUCAAACUUCCACCUUUUCCAUUCUUGUACUCGAGCUAAAGAAAUAUGGAAUUUGAUCCCUCCUCCUUCACCUCUUCAAACUGCAACUUCAUGGCAAGAUUGGCUUCAGGAAAAUCUUUGCAUCUCUUCUCCUAUUCACAAUGGAAUCCCUUGGAAUUUCCUUUUCUCUUUUACCCUAUGGCAUAUUUGGCUCAGAAAAAACGCAUGGAUUUUUAACAAAAAAACAACAACAAUCACACAAAUCAUCCACCAGUGCAUAUGGGUUGCUUUUGAGUGCCAUUUCUCAAUUGCCAACUCGAAAAGUCUAAAGCCCUGCUCUCCUACCUGGUCUCCUCCCCCUUUUCCCUCCCUUAAAGUUAAUUGUGAUUCUUCCUUCAUUGAGUCAAAUAAGCAAGUAGGUGUAAGCGCAAUCUGCAGAAAUCACUUGGGUGAUUGGAUAGAAGGGAUCACAUGGAAAAGCUAUUGUCCUACCAGCCACGAUGUUGAGCUUAAUGCUAUAUACCAAAGUCUGCUUUGGGUUAAAGACAGAGGCUGGGAGAAAGUUACUAUUUAUUUAGAUUCUAAACGAGCGGUUGAAGAAAUUAAUUCUAACUAGACUCUUGCAAAUUCAUUUGUUUUGAUUACAAAUUACAGGGCCCUGGUAAGGGAGCUCCACCCUUUGGAAUUGCACUUUGAAGGGUGAGAAGCAAACUCAGUAGUUAACUUAGUGGCGAAAGAUGCGAGGAUGAACCUGGAGAUUAUGAACCAAACUUGUUUUUUGUAUAAUCCACCUCCCUAUGGUAGCUUUUGAUAAAGAGCGUAGCUCAGAACAUGUUAACCAAACUUUUAAUUUGGCUGGUGAUGUCCCAGCGUUGAAUAUUGGUGUUGUAACAAACCUUAACUUAAGUAAUUAAUCCUCGCCUUUCGUAAAAAAAAUGGUAUGGAAAAAAAAUAUGCUACUUAAAUCACAUGUUAGAAAAUAAUUCACUCGAGGGAGGAAAUGAGAAAAAUCACUCAAACGAGUCACAAGAGGUUUGAACUCUUAACCUUAACACUAGUAGAAAAAACGCUAUUUGUAACUAACAAAAACGGGCUUUUU